AUGAUUUCUAAACAUCUUAUUAUCGCUGGUCUAUGUUUGAUUUUGGGUUUUUUUGGAAUUCAAAGAACUAUUUAUUGGUUAUUUGUCUUUACAGCAUUUAUUGUUGGUUUUAUUAUUCAUUUGAUUAUUCAUAAACAAAUAUGGAUGAAAUCAAAUCCAAUUUAUGAUAAAAUUAGAACAGCUUUUGUUCAAUCAAAAUUAUUUUUUCGGAUCUCUGAUUUUCAAUAUGAUUCAUCAUCAUCUUUGAAAUCUUCAAAUUCAUCUACUCAACAUGUUCCACUAACAGGAAUAUCUGAUAUUGAUGAGCCACUUUAUGAAUUAAUUGAUUUAUUUGUUCGUGAUUAUAUUGAAAUUUGGUAUAAAACUCAAUUAAGUUCGGAUGAAUCAUUUAUUAAUGAUGUAAAAAAUGGAAUUUAUACAACAAUUCGUCAUUUAUCCGAAAGAUUACAUGAAAUUGAUUGGUUAGAUUUUUGUACUGGAACAAUUGUUGAUAGUUUUGCAACACAUGUUCGAUUAUAUCGAAAAGCAAAAGAACGUUUACGUUUGGAACAAUCAACAGAUAUUCGUUCAUGUUUUUUUGAUUUAGAAGCUGAAUAUGAAAGAGGAAUUUGUCGAGAUGAUGUUUGUAUGGAUAAAGAUAAAGAAAAAGAAUUUCUUCGAGAUAUUGUUGAAGUUCUUAUUUAUAUUCUUUUACCUGCUAAUGAAUUUCGUUGUAUACCAGCUCGAGUUCUUCUUCGUGAAGUUGCAGUUAAUUUAGGUUUAAUACCUUUUAUUGACAUGUAUUCAGAUCCAGAUGCAUUGAAUCAAUUGAUUAUUAGUAUGUGUCAACAAAUUCCAUUAACGAUUGAUAAUUUUCUUCUUGUUGUUCGAACAACUGAUUCAAAAGAUGAAUUAACAACAUUAGUCGAACGACUUGAUGUAGAAAUCAGUCGUUGGCGUUCAAAAGAUACUGGAGGAGAAAAUGAUGCAGACAUUCGUGCAACAUUAAAUAGUUAUCAAUAUUUAAAAAAAUUACUUAAUGACAAAUUAGAUACACAAAAUCGAACGGAAAUAAUAGUCUUUGAUGAUGAUGAUAUAUUACCUAAAGUUUCUUAUCGAGAAUUACCAUUAGCCGAAAUUUUAAAUAAUUGUAAUGGUUUAGAUUAUUUUUUAAAAUUUCUGCAAACACUUGAUGCUGUUGGUUAUGGAAAUUUUUAUUUGAAUGCUGAAGCAUUUCGAUGUGCUGGUCUAUCAGCAUCUCAACAAAAUGCUAAUUUAACAUGUGAACAACAACAAGCAAAUAAAGAAAUACUUCGAAAUAUGGCUAAGGAUCUUAUUGAACAAUAUUUUCUUUCAACAGGAACAUUUAAAUUACCUAUGGAUGAAAUGUUAAUAAGAAAAACAUUAAAAAAUUUAAAUUCAGAAACUAUUGAUGAAACAUUACUUGAUGAACUUCAAACAAAAGUUUUUGAUAUUCUUUCAUCUGAAAAAUAUUAUGGUCAAUUUAAAACAACAACUCAAUAUAUGAAAGUAUUAAGUGAAUUUGAAUUUACUGAUUCACUUAAUGAUAAUUCCGAUGCUACAUCUUUAUCAAGUACUAAUAGUAAUGAAACAUACAAUGAUUCUACUGACUCACAACAACAGGCAAGUCCUGGAACAAAUAUAGAACGUACAAAUACAAUGACACCUGAUAUUCUUGAUACUAUUGAGAAUUAUCUAAUUACUACAGAAAUCAAUGAAUCCGGUGUAUGUUGUGAGAAAGGUGAAAAAUAUGCAAUUUAUGUGAUAUCUGUUUUUUGUAAACCAUUACAUGCAAUUAAUGAUGAACAACGACGUGAAUGGAUAACAUAUCGUCGUUAUAGUGAAUUUAAUGAUCUUCAUAUGACAAUAAAAAAACGUUUUCCUGCUCUAAGAGAAUUUAUUAAUUUACCCAAUAAAAGCUUUAUUAAUAAUACAAGUCAAGAAGUACGUUUAAAACGACAAAAAGAAUUGAAUGAUUAUUUAACAACAUUAGUAAAUCCAAAAGUACUUCAAAAUAAUCCAGGUCUUGGUGAACUUGUACUGAAAUUUUUACGAAAUCAACAAUGGAAACAUGAACAAACAGAAUUAGCUCGAAAGAUGGAUACACUUGCAAAUCCAUUUAAACAAGCAUCAAUGGGUAUUGCGAAAGGUGUAUCAAAAAUAGGUGGUGGAUUAACAAUUGUAUCGGAUACUGUUGUUGAAAAUGCUGGAAAAAUCUUUCGAACAAAUGCAAAUAAUAAUAAUCAAAUGAAUAUUAAUUUCGGUCAAGAUACACAAACAUUUUCUAUUGUUGAAGAAACUCAAGAAGCAAAUGCUAAAAAUAUUCCACUUCGUGUACUUCUUGUUAUUAUGGAUGAAGUAUUUGAUCUUAAACAAAAAAAUAUGUGGUUUCGUUCAAGAUUUGUAUCGAUAUUAAAACGAUUUUUAAGAGCAUUUAUGGGUGAUUCAGUUAAUCGACGAAUUGCAACGUUUGUUCAACAUUGGACAUCAGCAAAAAAAAUUGCGAAAGAAAUAAUACGAUUCAAAGAGAGUUUUUGGCCAAAUGGUAUUCAAGCUGAUAAAUCACCCGAACGUGAUCCAGGUGUCCGUAAUAUAACUCAAGUAAUAUGCAAAGCUAAAUUACUUGGAAUUGUUUCAGACGAACUUCGCCAUAUAAUUGGUAGUGAAACAACUCGUCGUGGUUUAUUACGUUUAUUUGAAUUAUUACAAAAUGAAACUCUUAAUCGUCGAUUUGUUUACAUUGUUAUUGAAGCUCUUUUAAUAAAAUUAUUUCGACCAAAUGAUUUACAUUUAAUAUUUGAAAAACUUUAUUCACAAUCUGAACGUGUCAAAGAAGAAUAUCGAAGACGAAUAUUUGAACAAGAAAAUCAUCACAGUGGUGUUACUGUCAAUAAUCAACAUUAUGGAGAAUCUAAUACACGUCCUUAUUAUUUAAAUCGUUUAUCAGUACGUAAUGAUGAUAAUAUAAAUUAUCAAAGAUCAAGUAGUGUUCAACAGCCAACAAUUCUAUCAAGAAGUCUAUCGAAAAUAUCAAAAUAA